AUGAAAGCCAUAAGUCUAUUGAGCAAAAUUAUCUUCUUUUUAAUAUGGUGCAAUCUUUUGGUGGAUUUAUAUUGUAGCGGACAAAACUCAGAGGAAUAUCCUAUUAGACUUGUCGUCCUAGCUCCUGGAAACGAGACGUUGCCAUAUGCCUUACAUAAAGUUGUUCCAGCUGUUAUAUAUGCUGUGCAAGCCAUUUCAAAAGAAAACAAACAAAAGAUAGAAGUUAUUUACAAAGAUACCCGAUGCUCUUCCGCAUAUGGGCCUAUCGAAGCUUUUAAUCUGUAUUCCUCCAGACUUGUUGAUGUAUUCAUUGGUCCAAUAUGUUCUUAUGUUAUUGCUCCAGUUGCAAGAUACGCUUGCGUUUGGGAUAUACCUCUUCUGACAUCUGAUGGUCGAACUGAUGUUUUCGACAAAAAGGAUUUUCCUUAUUCUAUGAUAACAAGAAUGAAUGGAUCGUUUUCCCAAGUUGCUGUGUUUUUCUUGGAAGUUUUAAAAGCAUUUGGUUGGAAGGUGGUUGCACUCUUAUACCACGACCUAGAAAAGACUGGACGUGGACACUCUGAUUGCCAUUUUGCUCUUGCACCUCUGUAUACCUCUCUUGGGAAACUGCCGUUUUAUAUCAAUUUUGAUGAAACACUUCGCUAUGAGGAUUAUGUGGAUAUGUUGAAGGAAAUAUCGCUGAAUGCCAGAGUACAUUAUGACUUGGUUUGA